AUGUCCUCUCCCGAGGAAACUGUAAAGCUCGCGGACGAGAUCCGCCAACGUCAGGCAGCUGAUCUUCAUUUUCCCACCUUUGCGACGCGUGGGUUCGGUCGUCGCGAGAGACCCGGUCUGCGAACAUCGACGUCACAGCAAGCAUACGCCUCGGCAGACAGCCACGCUCAAGUAGUUCCAAAGGCUGACGGAGGCGAUGAAGGCAGCGACGAGCACCUUGACGGCCUUGCCCCGGAUGAACAGUCACCGCCGGUGACCAUGCCCGAUGACGACGAUGAAGAGGCUGGUAAACUCGAGAUGGACUACGCCCCACCCGAGCAAGCGGAAGGCGACGCUGAGCAGCAGGAAGGAAAGCAGGAAGGUGAUAGUUCCAGCGCUGAAGGUGAAGGGCUGUCAUUGGCCGCAGAGAUCCUGGCAGCAGCUGCGUCAUCAGGACCGACUUCGCCAAGAAAGCGGUCUAGUAGACGCAGGCCCGACUCCCUCAAGCGGACAGAGAGCACCUCGUCGGCGGGCAGAGAAAGCACGAGCUCCUUGGACUCUCUGCCAACCUCUCCUGUGCCAAGGCGCAAGAGACCUUCGCUGUCGAGAGGCGAAUCGAACAGGGAUUCGCAUUUGGAUGCUGCGACCAAAAAGAGAAUGACGGUGUUGCUCGAAGGCGAGAUGCCUGAAGGUCAUCAAAGCGAUGACGAAGCCGUCAGAAGACAGUCCAUAUCUGAUGAUGCAGACGAUACCGCUGCCAACCAGCAAACAUCGCGGCAGAAGCACGAUUGGCAGGCAGAGGCUGAGUUGUCAACAGCAGGUGAUGAGGAGGACGCACAGCUCAGUCGUGGAGAGGAGGAAGGUGUGGGCGGCCAUUCCGAAGAAACGAGCGAACAUGACGGGCAGGAAAGCUCGGAAGAGGAAGACGAAGACGAUGAGCCUUCCCUCAAGUACUCUCGUGUGAAGGGCGGCGUCAGUGAUGUGCUAAAGCGCGAUACUGCCUCAGCUUUUGCCCUCUCGCCCCGCUUCAUGGCGCUCGGCACCCACGGCGGCAUGAUCUACAUCCUCGACAUUGACGGCAACCUCGUCAAAGGCUUUCGACUCCACACAGCCUCCAUUCUUGACCUUGUCAUCGACAACACAUCCGAUUUUGUCGCGGCAGCUUCCAUGGACGGUCUCGUCUCCAUCUCGGCUCUGGCCACGACGGAGCAGUACGUAUUCGACUUCAAGCGGCCCAUGAGGUGCAUUUCUCUCGAACCCAACUUUGGUCGCAAGUCAUCUCGGGCCUUUGUAUGUGGCGGAAUGGCAGGAUCGCUGACCCAUAGAGAGAAGAGCUGGUUCGGUCACAAGGAAUCGGUGCUGCACUCGGGCGAGGGUCCCAUCUGGACGACGAGAUGGAGAGGCAACAUGAUUGCCUGGGCGAGCGACAAAGGUGUUCGGGUCUACGACACCGAAGCAAAGCAGCGCAUCAGCUUUAUCAGUGCGCCAAGCAAGGACGUGCGCGGAGACCUGAACCGAUGUUCGCUCUACUGGCAAGACGAUCGUACGCUGCUCAUCGCCUGGGCGGAUCACAUCAAGGUUGCCAAGAUCAUGCAGAAGCAGCCAGCGGGUGGAACAGCCUCUUCGGGCGCUAGCAUUGCUUCCAACUCGGCACCCAACGCAGCUUCGGCGCUCAGCAAGGUUGGCGUUCCUGGUGCCGGCGCAUCUCAGCCGCAGUACUACCUCGAGAUCACUGCCAUCUUCCAGCUCGACUGCAUGAUCUCCGGGAUCGCACCGUACGGCCUGGACUAUCUCGUGCUUGCAUAUGUCACCGAAGAGCCCGAAGAGUCGGACGAAGAUGACGAUGAUCGGUAUCAAGAGAACGGCUCUGUCCAUCGUGCGUUCAAACGUCGGGCGGCGUUGCGGCCAGAGCUGAGGAUCAUCAGUCGUGCCGGCGAAGAGCUGAGCUCCGACGUCCUCAGUCUCAACGACUACUCACGGUUCCAGUGCAACGAUUAUUUGCUCGUACCUUCGAUCGAGGCGCACGCGUACUCGGCAGCACUGCUCGCGGGUCGCAAGGUUCGGCAGGAGUCAACCGAGGCCUCUCAGUUCUACGUCGUCAGUCCCAAGGACAUAGUCGUGUCGAAGCCGCGAGACGAGAAGGAUCACGUCGAGUGGCUGUUGGAGCGCCAACGGUUCCAAGAGGCGCUGGUCAAGAUCGAGGGUAUGGGCCGCACAGCCGCAUUGCAGAAUGGAUUCGAUGCGGAAGAGAUCGGCAAAAAGUACCUCAACUGGCUCGUGGAAGAAGAUCGGUACUCUGAAGCAGCACGCGUGGCCAGCAAGAUCUUGGGACGAAACGUGUCAGCGUGGGAAGACUGGAUCUUCCUCUUUGUGGAGAAGGGCAAGCUUGGCCUCGCGAUUCCUUUCAUUCCGACAUCGGACCCAACGCUUAGCGAGAUGAUCUACGAUAUGAUCCUCGCGCAUUUCUUGCAACACGAUCUGCACAAGCUUCUUCAGACGAUCACCGAGUGGCCUCCCGAGAUCUACUCAACGCCUGCCGUCGUUCUUGCGAUUGAGGAUCGACUUAAGUCGGGCGAAGGUAAAAAGGAAGCGGGGACGGAAAAGCUGCUCAUGGAAUGUCUGGCCGAGCUCUACAUCCGAAAUCGACAGCCAGGCAAAGCGCUGCAGUACUACUUGCGCUUGCGCCGUGCCAACGUAUUCGAUCUCAUCCGCGACAAUAAUCUGUUUACCGCCGUGCAAGACCAGGCUUUGCUGUUGAUCGAAUUCGAAGAGGAUCUCAAAUCGCGGCGAACGCAACAGGGUUCGAAACACGGAGCAGCCAUCGAUCUCCUUGUCGACCACACGUACUCGAUUCCCAUCGGCCGGGUGAUCGCACAGCUGGAAUCGCACCCACGGUACCUCUACAUGUAUCUGGACGCGCUGUUCGACCGUGACCCGCAGCAAGUGACGCCCUUCUGCGACGUGCAAGUCAAGCUGUACGCAGAGUACGAAGCAGGCCGACUCAUGCCGUAUCUGCGGGCCAUGUCCUCGUUCUACAGCUUUGAGAAGGCAUAUGCCAUCUGCGAAGAGCACGACUUUGUACCGGAGAUGGUUUUUCUCCUGGGUCGAGUCGGAGACAACAAACGUGCACUCUCGCUCAUCAUUGAGAGGCUGGGUGACGUGGAGAGAGCGAUCGACUUUGCCAAGGAGCAGAACGACGAUGACCUGUGGGAAGAUCUGCUGGGCUACUCCGAGUCAAGACCUGCCUUCAUCCGCGGACUGCUCGAGAACGUGGGUGCUGAGAUCGAUCCUAUCAGAUUGAUCCGCCGCAUCAAGAACGGUUUGGAGAUUCCAGGGCUCAAAACGGCGCUCAUCAAAAUUCUGUCGGAUUUCACGCUGCAGAUCAGCCUGCUAGAGGGCUGCGAGGCGAUCCUGAGCCAUGAUACGAAGGUGCUGUCCGACGAGCUGCAGAGGUCACAGCUGUACGCGAGCUACAUUGACGCGGAGUCAGUGUGUGCUAGUUGCGAUGCUGCACUGUUCGCCGCCAAGGCAGUGCCAGGUGCAGGUGAUACGUAUACCGCAGCGCGACAGCCGAAAGUCGUCGUGUACCUGUGCGGACACGUGCAUCACCUUACGUGUCUCUUGCCGCCUGCAAAUGUUCCUGCGGCCACAGCGACAGCAGCGGUAUCGACGGACAUCAAAUGCACCACGACGCAGGCAUUUGCAAGCACGCCGAGCAUCCGCCAGCGCUGGAACGCCGUGCAUCAGCAUCACGCGAAUGCGAACCUGGAUGGAGGAGAAGGUGGAACGGAACACAGUGCAGUGGUUGGGGAAGCAAAGCAGAUGGUGCAGGCAUCAGUAAUGGAGCUGUCCAGCUACGGGCCCUUGCAGCGUGCCCAGGAUGCGGUGGCCCAGUUCCAGGCGCGGCUCAAGUACGAGGCGAGACUCAGGUCGACGUUGGUCGGCAAGAGGGGGUGUCCAACGUGUCGCAAGGACGGACUGACAAUGCAGCAGGGUGUUGUCUCACUUUGA